UUCUCGGGUGGAAUUAUCGGCGUCAGCCAAACGCCGCUGGGGAAAGCGAGGACGGACCCGCUUGCCCAUCCCAAUUUAGUUAAUUCGUCGGAACCCAAAGGCCUCCCUUCAUAUCCACCUAAGGUUGGCCAAGAGGACUCUUGGAAGAGAGAAAGGUAGAAGGAGGGAUCACAGGAGCGAAAGCAAACCCUAAAAUCAUCGAGGCGUCUCGAUCGCUUGAUCCGUUCGCCUGACCAAUUUCUGGCCGUCCAUUUCUCGUUCCGGCUAGGUCUCCGUUGCCCCAUUCCGAUCUCUGUUUCCGGUGGACUGUACUCAUGGAGGGGGACUGGAUUCCCUGGGCCUGCCUGACCUGUGCUUGAUUAAUGUCUUAUUACCAAAGGCGAAGUCUGAUAUGGGAUGGGAUGCAAUAACAAAAGAUGGUCUUGAGGAGGAUGAAGUAGCACCUCAGGAAUUUUUACCUUGAACCUCCUUUCUCAUUUUAGUUUCCAAUUUGGCAACCAUGUCGCCUCAAGCCAGGUCCAAAUCAAAGGAGAAGUCCUCCUCAAAGGCCACUAAGGAACAGAAAAGCCCUUCAAAAGUGGCGAAUGGCAACGCUAGUGCUGGUAGUCCGGCAAAUGCAUAUAACCCUGUUUCUGGUACAUUUCACUCACUUGAAACGGUAGCCGUCUCACCUGCUGCAUCUCCUAAAGGGCGGUAUAGAUCUAUUGAUGAAACGGAUGAUCAUUCUGGCAGUUCACUUGGAACUACAGCAGAUUAUGAUUCCGUGUCUAACAACGAGAGCUGUUCUGGGGAGUCAGAAGAUCUAAAGGAGAAGGCCUCUGUUGCUCCAAGGCAAGAACCUCCCCCUGGUUCUGGGUCCUCUGGAAAUGAGAAACGGGACAAGAUCCGUCAAAAGAAUGAGAGGAAGCAUCAGAGGCAGAGAGAACGGCGUGCACAAGAGCUCCACGACCGCUGCAAUGGUUAUCUGAUGUCAUGGAAGCUGGAAGCUCUUUUGCAGCAACUUGUGGCGAUGGGAUUCUCAUCUGAUCGGGCAACAAUGGCACUUAUCAUGAAUGAGGGCCGUGCAGAAGAAUCGGUGGCAUGGCUGUUUGAAGCUGGUGAGGAAGUUCAGGCAGCUGAGGCAAAAGUAGGAGCAGGAGGAAACCUUAAGAUAGAUAUAACCGAAGAGCUGGCGCGGAUGGCAGACAUGGAAAUUAAGUUUAAAUGUACGAAGCAGGAGGUGGAACGUGCUGUUGUUGCCUGUGAAGGUGACCUUGAGAAAGCAGCAGAACUUCUAAGGACCCAGAAACAGGAAACAAAAUCUUCAAAACCUGAAGAGCCUAUGGACCUACCCUCUAGUGCUGGCACGAAGCAAGUAGCUGCUGUGCCAUUGAGUGUUUCAAAGGCGCCGUCAAUUGCCAAGGCUGGAGCUGUUCCUCUGGUUCUGCAGAGACGAGAGGAGCGAGAUUUUAACUAUGCAAGAAUGGUGUCUGAUCCUGGCAACAGACAAGUUGUGGCUGGGAGAAGAAGCCAAGCCAAGUCAGAAUGGGCUAGGAAUCAGCUACCACCCACAACAGAUAGGAAGUCGUGGCCAAGUGCUAGUGCGAGUGCCUCCGUCUCCUAUUCUCUGGCCACAACCUUGUCUGGGGUGCCAUUGGCACCAAAGACGUCGCAGCCGGAUGCGAGGGGCCUGGCUGGGGGUAACGAGAGCAAGACUAGUUCUCAGACAGUGACUGUUAGGGAGCCUGUGAUUGUUAUGCAGCGACCUCAGUCCAAUAACUCGAAGCAACAUUCAGCAACCAAUCCGGGCGGUACUUCGGCGAUGGUGAGUUGGAAAACGAAAAGUGAUGGUGGCAUCGAGCAUGUGCCGAGCAGUGGCCCUGUAGAUACGGUGGCCACAAGUACCUCGACCUCAAAUGCUGGUGCUCAGCAACAUAAGCCAAGUCAGUAUCAGCCAUUCAUGCCUAGUCCAGUCGAUGCCAUUGCCGCAAGUUGGAGUGCAGCAACUAGCAUCGCCGGUGGGUAUGGGGGAUCAGCAGACCCACAGAUACCUGCCGGAGCUGGAUGGAGCGCACAAGGGCACCAGCACCUUGGUGUGUCGUCAGCGCUGGGUGUGUACGCAGGAUGGAGUUCAUCGGGUCCGUCUGGUAAUCCUUUCUCCCCAUCAACAGCAGAUUGGAGUAGAGGCCGGUUGAUGAUGGAAUGUGAUUACACCAACAUCGAUUGGAGUUUGACACCAUCGUCCUGUAUAUCUCGGCCAGGUCAGUCGACGCCAGGUUUUAGCUCGCUCAGUUCUAACAGCCAGGCAUAUGAGCCAUGGUUGGGGACGAGCGACUCAAAGGGCGUUGGUGGCCUGUUCGGCUCCCGGCAGCGGGAGCAGAACAGUGGUGUUGCGCCGGAAGGAUCGUCUGCAUUGCAUGAUUGGACGUCUCCCUUUGCUGGGAAAGAUUUGUUUAGUCUGCCAAGGCAGGUCGUGACCUCUCCGUCUCUUUAAGCAAAAAUGGUAAUAGUGGGAUAGGGUUUGCAGUGAAAAAAUGGACAAAAUUGUGAUUUGCUGUUGAUGAGUGCUAUCGAGUGUUGCUCUC